AUGUUGGAAGCCGCGCAGUGGAUGCAGGAGACAGUAGCAGUGUUGGAUACGCUCGUCAAAAGAAUAGCCGCAUUGGUGGAAAACGCCUCUUUCGUCCAGGUUCCCAAGCAAUUCUAUCCCAUUUUGGCCGGUGCGGGAAGAUCGGCCUUGGCUGACAUACGCACCCGGUACGGUGUUUCGGUUUCAUCGUCAGACUCCAUUAUUGAGGGGUGCAAAGAAAUUGUGAUAUCUGGCGAAACCCGCCUGCAAGUUUCCCAGGCCACUACGUUGCUCAAGGAAAGGCUUGCAGUCAUUGUGACGCAGACUCAGAAACUUGCGGUCCCUCAGCACUUAUCGGGGGCGCUCCUCGGCUCCAAAGGGACAACUAUCAAGCUGGUUACCGAGCAAACGGGGGUGUUUGUCUAUACGUCAAACUUACAAGACAAUAAAGGGAACUUGACAAUGUUCAUCUAUGGCGAUUCCACAGACCUAACUAACAAAGCCCUAGCGGAUGUACAAAAACGCUUGGUUAACUUACAGGGUGCUUACAAGACUCUAGAUUUCCCUUCCAAGUAUUUUAAGUUCCUCUAUGGAAGAAACCGUCGAAAUAUCAACAUGAUUGAAAAUAAAACCGGGGUGGUAAUCUUGAUGCAUAGCACCACUGACAGUAUGGAGAAUCAAUAUUUAUCGGUUCAUCACACAGAUAUCAACACCAUCAACCAGGCUUUGGUGCUAUUAACCAAGCAACUCCAAAACAUUUCGUUGCAGUACAAGCCGCUGGAGGUGCCGAAUGAAAUUGCCCCUGUUUUGUUGAAAUGCUGUAAGGUGCUAGGUGAAAGGUUCCCCAACGUCAACCUUUCUCUUGCUUUGGGGCAGCCCACUGAGGAAUAUAACUCCUUGCCUCUGUCAUCCAGCUUAACGGUCUACAGUUCUAACCAGGUGGAGCGUGAAGAAGUGGUCAGCAUCAUAGACCGAGUCGUAAGGAUCUUGCAGGAAAAUCACCGGGUGAUGGCCAUCUCGUCGGCGCUAGUUUUCCCUUUGAAAGGACUAGACAAUGCGUAUCUUGAUGACCUCUCUAAAAAUGCGAAAGUAGAAAUCACCUUCAGCAGGCUCUCUACACGAAAGGGCGAACAAUCUCUCAUUAUCACCCCACUAAUAGAUGUGGUCCUCGCGGCAGUUGCCAUGCCAGAUUGUGGUGUAAUUGCUUUGGCUCGUGGUUCAUUAGCGCAUACAGAAGACACCCUAAAAGCCCGGGUCAAAACCUUGAAAGAUGAGUGCCAGCCAGUGUAUGUGCCUGGUGGGUUCGUCCCAUUUUUAAUUGGACAUCACGAUGCAAGAAUCAGAAGAAUACAGGCGUCCACCGGUACCACUAUUUCAAUCAGCAAUAAGCCAAAAGAUGACAAGGGCAACCAUAUGUUAAUUAUUUUUGGGACUGCUAAAAAGGUGCAAGAUGCGUUUACAAAGGUUUCGAAGUAUCUCAACGUUUAUUAUCAAAGACAGGUAUAG